GAUCGUCUUAAACCAGGGCGUAUGCUUCUCGUGGAUACCUAUGAGCAGAAAAUUGAGCAAGAUAACGAUUUGAAGAGGCGUAUUGCGCAGUCCAGGCCACAUAAGAAGCUUACGUCACAUCGUGUCUUUUUAGACUUACUUCGCAAGGAUGAUGUCCUCUCACAUGGUGCCGUGACCAAUGAAUUCCUCAUCAAAUGCCACCUAGAGGCAGUUGGCAUCGACAGCAAGAAGAAAGACGUGCAUUUAGAUUCAGAUCGACGUUUGUCUCUGUACGCCUAUACCCACGACACAUUCAGCUUGUUGCUGGUGCCGAUGAUCAAAGAAAAGAAAGAAGCGCUGGGCUCUAUGGGGAAUGAUGCCGCCUUAGCGUGUCUGUCUGACUUCAGUCCGCUAAUGUUCUCCUAUUUUCAGCAGUUGUUUGCUCAGGUGACAAACCCACCCAUCGAUCCGUUUCGCGAGCAGAUUGUGAUGAGCUUGCGCUGUCCUGUUGGUCCAGAAUCAAACUUGCUAGACCCGAACGCAGAAUUGACAAGUCGCCUUAUCCUUGAACAACCUGUACUUUCACUGGUCGACAUGGAGGUGAUCAAGCGCACAAUGUACAAAGGAUGGCAUAGCAAAACUAUUAACAUCACUUUCCCAGUGAGAUAUGGUGUAAGAGGUUUGGUACCCGGUCUGGAUCGAAUUUGUUGUGAGGCAUGUGAAGCUGCUCUAGAUGGAUAUCAAAUUAUUGUGCUCUCAGACAGAGGAGCUAGCAAGGAUAACGUGCCGAUUUCAUCACUACUGGCCGUCGGAGCUGUUCACCAGUGUCUCAUUCGACAUCGACUACGAAUGAAGGUGGCCAUCAUAGUAGAAAGUGGAGAGGCUAAAGUCGUACACGAUUUCUGCGUUCUACUUGGUUUCGGUGCUGACGCCAUCUGUCCUUACAUGGUGUUCGAGACGAUGUAUCGUCUAAGAAAUCUCGGCCUCCUUGACAAAGAGCUCAACGACGACAUGGUAUUUCAAGGUUAUCGUCAAGGUGUUGAACGAGGUAUCUUCAAGGUAAUGGCGAAAAUGGGUAUCAGUACACUACAUUCGUACAAGCACGCACAAAUUUUCGAAAUUGUUGGUCUGGCUCAUGAGGUGGUAGAUAUGUGCUUCAAGAAUACCGUAUCGCGCCUUGGUGGAGCCACAUUCGAGAUUCUGGCUUCUGAAGCACUGAAGCGUCACCGAUCCGCGUUCCCUGUCGCUCCCAACGCAAUGGAGCAUGUAUUCGGUGAUUCACGAGUGCUAGUUGCAUCGGGAACCUACCAUUGGAGAGCUGGUGGCGAAAAGCAUAUCAACGAGCCAGAAGCAAUCGCCAAAUUGCAGGCUGCUACUCGUUUGAACAAUUUGAAAACGUUCCACGAGUAUUCUCAAGCGUCGAAUCUAGCCCAAAGAUGGUGUACUUUAAGGGGUCAACUCGAAAUUAAGACCAGUUCGAAGCUCGAGAUACCAAUAGACCAGGUCGAGCCUGCUAGCGAAAUCGUGAAGCGAUUCGUCACUGGAGCAAUGUCAUUCGGUUCCAUAUCUUGGGAAGCGCAUACGACGUUAGCAAUUGCAAUGAAUCGUAUCGGGGCAAAAUCUAAUACUGGCGAAGGUGGUGCCAAACCUGGUGAGGGUGGUGAACUUCCUGGACACAAGGUGACGAAAGACAUUGCUGAUACUCGGAAGUCGACUCCGGGUGUAGGAUUGAUUUCACCUCCUCCACACCAUGAUAUCUAUUCCAUCGAGGAUCUUGCUCAACUAAUAUAUGAUCUUAAAUGUGCAAAUCCACAAGCGCGGGUCAGCGUAAAACUUGUAUCUGAGGCUGGCGUUGGGAUCAUUGCCUCAGGUGUCGUGAAAGGAAACGCUGACCAUGUCACCAUCUCAGGUCAUGACGGUGGUACUGGAGCAUCGAGCUGGACUGGUAUAAAACAUGCUGGACUGCCAUGGGAACUCGGUGUAGCGGAAACUCAUCAGGUGUUGACAAUGAACAAUUUGAGAAGUCGUGUUGUACUUCAAGCUGAUGGACAAAUACGGACAGGUCGUGACGUUAUGAUUGCCGCAUUGCUGGGAGCUGAUGAAUUUGGAAUGUCGACAGCGCCACUGAUUGUACUUGGUUGUACGAUGAUGAGAAAGUGUCACCUCAAUACCUGUCCCGUCGGAAUUGCAACUCAGGAUCCCGAACUACGUGCCAAAUUCGAGGGCAAGCCAGAACAUGUAGUGAAUUUUAUGUUCAUGGUUGCUGAGGAAGUGCGAUACUUCCUUGCAAGACUGGGUCUUCGAUCACUGGAUGAAGCUAUUGGGCGAACCGAUCUUCUAUAUGCAAAUCCUAAUCCAGUAAACAAAAAAGCAACCUUGCUGGAGUUUGGUUCGAUUCUAAAAAAUGUUCAUCACAUGUAUCCAGAUAUAUCGACUAAAGGUGGAUCUGUAAAACAGACAAUCGAACUCGGAGAACUUGAGCAGAAAAUUUUGGAAGUACUUCCACGUGUAUUUGACGGUUCUGGAAGCCAAUUGAGUAUUCCGAGAAAAGUAAUCACAAAUCUUGAUCGAGCAUUUGGUUCCAGAAUUAGUUAUGAGAUUUCGAAACGCUACGGUGAAGGUGGUCUGACGGGUAAUCGAUCGCUUAAAAUUUCACUUGAAGGGUCAGCUGGCCAGUCAUUUUGUGCAUUCCUGGCCAAAGGUGUUACUGUAGAGUUAGAAGGAGAUGCAAACGACUAUGUAGGAAAGUGUCUUUCUGGCGGUACAGUAAUCGUCUAUCCGCCUAAGAAAGCCAAGUAUAAAUCCGAAGAAAACUCUAUCAUUGGAAACGUGGCUCUCUACGGUGCCACAUCAGGUGAUUGCUGGUUCCGUGGUGUUGCUGGAGAGCGCUUUGCCGUUAGAAACUCCGGCUCUACCGCUAUAGUUGAAGCAGUCGGUGAUCAUGCUUGUGAAUACAUGACAGGGGGACGGGUGAUCGUGUUGGGUCCUAUCGGGAGAAACUUUGCUGCAGCUAUGAGCGGCGGAAUCGCCUUCCUAUUCAAUCAAGGCGAUCCAUUUAUCCAGCGAAUAAAUGUGGCAACAGUGGACUUGGACGAGCCUGCGAAUGACGAUCUGCUCUUCAUUCGUGAAAAGAUCGAGCGGUUUAUCGAAUUAACCGGCUCCAAACUCGGACAAAGAAUCCUCGACAAUUGGCAGACGGAAAGUUCGAAGAUCAUAAAGGUAUUCCCUCGUGAUUACAAACUUGCAUUGAAAGAGCAAGAAGAGAAGAAACGACUAGAAGAGAAAGAAGCUGCUGAAAAUUUGGUAAAUGAAAAGGCGAAAGCAGAUCGUGCUUGCCAGCGCAAACUUUCUAUGGAUAUGCAGAUCGCACCCACGUUUAUUCACAAGAAAAAGAAUCUUUCGAAGAAAAUUCUUUCUGUAGUCCAGCGCAAACGUCGAUCCUCCAAGAAUCCUCGUCCACAGGAUUAUGCUGGGUUCGAAGACGUUGAUCAAGAUGCUAGUGAAGAUAAUGAGGAUGAGAAGUCCGAAAAUGAUGAGGAACUUCUGUCAGACGAAGAGAUUUUCCACCCGAACGACUAUGGCAAUGCCAAGAGUGAUAAUUUGGAUAUUGAAAAUAUACCGGUGCCUCCACAUCUGAGAAAAAACGAUGAGCCUCUCGAUAAACUUCGAGGCUUCAUGAAAUACGGUCGUCAAAAAAAAAUUUAUCGUCCUCCUGAAGAACGAAUUCAAGACUGGGAAGAAGUGUACGAUUUUGAGACCGUUCGCAGCAACAUUCGAGAGCAAGCUGCAAGGUGUAUGGAUUGUGGAGUUCCGUUUUGUCAAGGGCACACUGGUUGCCCAUUGGGAAAUAUUAUUCCUAAAUGGAAUGAUUACGUAUUCAAAAAGAAUUGGCGGCAAGCUCUUGAGCAGCUGCUACAGACUAACAACUUUCCAGAGUUUACUGGUCGAGUCUGUCCAGCCCCAUGUGAAGGUGCUUGUUGUCUGGCCAUCAGUUCUCCUGCUGUUACUAUCAAAUCAAUCGAAUGUGCCAUCAUCGACUACGCCUUUAUGCAAGGUUGGAUAACAGCUCAUCCUCCGGCCGAGAACACUGGAAAGCGUAUUGCAAUUAUUGGAUCUGGACCUGCUGGAAUGGCUGCGGCUGCACAGCUAGUUAAAGUCGGCCAUACGGUAGUGGUGUAUGAAAGAAAAAAUCGAGUGGGUGGCUUAUUGAGGUAUGGUAUACCAACAAUGAAGCUUGAUAAGUAUCUUGUUGAUCGACGAGUGAAACUUCUUGAAGAGGAAGGCGUUCGUUUCCUCACAAAUACUGAGAUCGGGAAACAUGUGCCAGCGGAUUUUCUUCUCAAGGAUAACGACGCUAUCAUUGUGUGUACUGGAUCAACCACACCGCGUGAUCUCCCGGUGAGUGGACGUGAUGCCAAAGGGAUUUGCUUUGCCAUGGAAUUUCUGGAAAAGACUCAGCGUCGUCGGUUUGGCGAUAAUGUUCCAUGGGAGGGUCUGGAUGCGGCUGGAAAGCGCGUCGUCAUCCUGGGAGGCGGUGACACGGCCACGGAUUGUAUAGGCACCAGCUUACGUCUAGGUGCAAAAUCGGUCACAGCGUUCGAGAUCCUCCCGAGACCACCAGGUUGUCGCAAACCAGAAAAUCCGUGGCCAGAGUGGCCGCUGAUUUUCCGAGCUUUUGUAACAGCGGAGAAUGCCGCUGGUGUCAAGACGCUCGUUGGACUUGAUGUUGUUGAAGUGGAUUGGGAGAAAGGCGAAAAGUUUAAUGAAUGUGCGUUGAUUAAGGGUGCUUGGAAAUUAAUUGAGAAGCCAGACACGAAGAGGACGAUUGAAUGUGAUCUUUGCAUUCUUGCAAUGGGCUUCGUUGGACCCGAAAAGACCGUCAUUGAACAACUCAGUCUUAAAAUGGACUCGAGGUCGAAUAUUUUGACUCCCAAAGACAAAUAUAACUCCGACGUAGCAAAGGUAUUUGCUGCUGGUGAUUGUCGUCGUGGUCAGUCACUUAUUGUGUGGGCAAUUCAUGAAGGAAGACAAGCUGCUCGACAGGUUGAUGAAUAUCUUAUGGGUAGGACUACAUUGGCCGGUCCAGGUGGUAUUGUAACGGCGAGAAUGCCUUACAUGGGACAUCGAUAG